CUGCCGAAGAGGUUGGACUGGGAGGGCAACGAGCACAACAGGAGCUACGAGGAAUUGGUCUUGUCCAAUAAGCAUGUGGCUCCUGAUCAUCUGUUGCAAAUCUGCCAGCGCAUUGGUCCCAUGUUGGAUAAAGAAAUUCCACCCAGUAUUUCAAGAGUCACUUCUUUACUUGGUGCAGGAAGGCAGUCUUUGCUACGUACAGCAAAAGACUGCAGGCACACAGUUUGGAAGGGCUCUGCCUUUGCUGCUCUUCACAGAGGAAGACCUCCAGAAAUGCCAGUGAACUAUGGUUCCCCACCCAGUCUUGUGGAGAUACAUCGAGGAAAACAACUCACAGGGUGUUCCACUUUUAGCACAGCAUUUCCAGGAACUAUGUAUCAGCAUAUAAAAAUGCACAGAAGGAUUCUUGGACAUCUGUCUGCUGUUUACUGUGUAGCAUUUGAUAGGACAGGACAUAGAAUCUUUACCGGUUCAGAUGAUUGUUUGGUGAAGAUUUGGUCAACACACAAUGGCCGCCUGUUAUCGACAUUAAGAGGUCAUUCUGCAGAAAUUUCAGAUAUGGCAGUAAACUAUGAGAAUACAAUGAUUGCUGCAGGGAGCUGUGAUAAGAUAAUUAGAGUGUGGUGCUUGAGAACUUGUGCCCCAGUUGCUGUGCUCCAAGGACACACGGGGUCAAUCACAUCUUUACAGUUUAGCCCAAUGGCCAAAGGCUCCCAAAGAUACAUGGUCUCUACUGGUGCUGACGGAACAGUUUGUUUCUGGCAGUGGGAUUUAGAGUCCCUGAAAUUCAGUCCACGUCCCCUGAAGUUCACGGAAAAGCCUAGACCAGGUGUUCAGAUGCUUUGUUCUUCUUUUAGUGUUGGUGGUAUGUUUUUAGCCACAGGUAGUACUGAUCAUGUAAUCAGAAUGUAUUUUUUGGGUUUUGAAGCACCUGAAAAAAUCGCAGAACUUGAAAGCCACACAGAUAAAGUUGAUAGUAUCCAGUUUUGUAACAAUGGUGAUCGGUUCUUAAGUGGUAGCAGAGAUGGAACGGCACGGAUUUGGAGAUUUGAGCAGUUGGAGUGGAGAAGCAUUUUAUUGGAUAUGGCAACCCGAGUCUCAGGGGACUUAUCUUUGGAAGAAGAAAGGUUUAUGAAACCCAAAGUCACAAUGAUCGCUUGGAAUCAGAACGAUAGCAUUGUUGUCACAGCUGUGAACGAUCAUGUCCUUAAAGUGUGGAAUUCUUACACAGGGCAACUGCUUCAUAACUUACUGGGACAUGCUGAUGAAGUAUUUGUUUUGGAGACACAUCCCUUUGAUUCCAGAAUUAUGUUAUCUGCAGGACAUGAUGGCAGCAUAUUUAUAUGGGAUAUUACAAAAGGCACCAAGAUGAAACAUUAUUUUAAUAUGAUUGAAGGGCAAGGACAUGGAGCGGUCUUUGACUGUAAGUUUUCACAGGAUGGACAGCAUUUUGCCUGUACAGAUUCUCAUGGACACCUUCUGAUAUUUGGUUUUGGAUGCAGCAAGCCAUAUGAAAAGAUUCCUGAUCAGAUGUUCUUCCAUACUGACUAUCGACCACUGAUUAGGGAUUCUAAUAAUUAUGUCUUAGAUGAGCAAACUCAGCAAGCUCCUCACCUUAUGCCUCCACCAUUCUUGGUAGAUGUAGAUGGAAAUCCUCAUCCAACUAAGUAUCAGAGAUUAGUACCAGGUCGAGAAAAUUCUGCAGAUGAACAUUUGGUUCCACAGCUAGGCUAUGUGGCAACAAGUGAUGGAGAGGUGAUUGAACAAAUUAUAAGCCUACAAACCAAUGAUAAUGGUGAACGAAGCCCAGAAUCCAGUGUUCUUGAUGGAAUGAUAAGACAGUUGCAGCAGCAGCAGGAUCAGAGAAUGGGAGCAGAUCAGGAUACUAUUCCAGGUGGACUUCCAAGUGGAGAAGAAACACCGCGAAGAGGUUUUAGAAGACUGAGCUUAGACAUCCAGUCCCCUCCAAAUAUUGGUCUGCGUCGUAGCGGACAAGUAGAAGGUGUUCGUCAAAUGCAUCAGAAUGCUCCUCGUAGUCAGAUUGCUACAGAACGUGACCUGCAGGCUUGGAAACGAAGAGUGGUUGUACCAGAGGUACCACUAGGCAUAUUUAGGAAGUUGGAAGACUUCAGAAUAGAGAAAGGUGAAGAGGAAAGAAAUCUUUAUAUAAUAGGAAGGAAAAGGAAGACUCUCCAGCUCACACAAAAGGAGACUUCCUGUGAUCAGAGUGAAGGCUCUUGUUCUUCUGAAGAAGAAGAGUGGAGGAGUGAUCGAAGAAGUGAGAGUGACAGCGAGAGUUCGAGUGACUCGUCAUCUCGAUAUUCUGAUUGGACUGCUGACGCAGGCAUCAACCUGCAGCCACCUCUACGGACGUCAUCACGUCGGCGAGUUACCCGUUUUUGCAGUAGUUCAGAGGAUGAAAUGUCUACUGAGAAUUUAUCUCCUCCAAAAAGGAGACGAAAGAGAAAGAAAGACAAUAAGCCUAAAAAAGAGAACUUGCGAAGGAUGACUCCGGUGGAGCUUGCAAAUAUGGAACAUUUAUAUGAAUUUCAUCCUCCAGUUUGGAUAACUGACACCACACUUCGAAAGUCUCCUUUUGUUCCUCAAAUGGGUGAUGAGGUAAUAUAUUUUCGACAGGGUCAUGAAGCUUAUAUUGAGGCUGUCAGAAGAAAUAAAAUAUAUGAACUGAACCCUAACAAGGAGCCAUGGAGAAAAAUGGAUCUCAGGGAUCAAGAAUUGGUCAAAAUAGUUGGAAUACGAUAUGAGGUUGGGCCCCCUACACUCUGUUGCCUCAAACUUGCAUUUAUAGAUCCUGCAACUGGAAGAUUAAUGGACAAAUCUUUCUCUAUUAGGUAUCAUGAUAUGCCAGAUGUUAUUGACUUUCUUGUAUUGCGUCAAUUUUAUGAUGAAGCAAGACAGAGGAAUUGGCAGUCUUGUGACAGGUUCCGAUCUAUCAUUGAUGAUGCUUGGUGGUUUGGGACAGUGCUAAGUCAAGAGCCAUAUCAGCCACAGUACCCUGAUAGUCAUUUCCAGUGCUACAUCGUUAGGUGGGACAAUACUGAAAUUGAAAAACUUAGCCCAUGGGACAUGGAACCAAUUCCUGAUAAUGUUGAUCCACCUGAAGAAUUAGGAGCUAGUAUUUCUGUCACUUCAGACGAGCUAGAGAAACUGCUGUACAAACCACAAGAUGGUGAAUGGGGUCAGAAAUCGAGAGAUGAAGAGUGUGAACGAAUUAUUAGUGGCAUAGAUCAACUUCUGAAUCUUGACAUAGCUGCAGCUUUUGCAGGUCCAGUUGAUCUGUGUACGUAUCCAAAGUACUGUACUGUGGUAGCUUAUCCAACGGAUCUGUACACAAUUCGAAUGAGACUCGUUAAUCGUUUUUACAGGAGGCUAUCUGCAUUAGUUUGGGAAGUCAGAUACAUAGAACAUAAUGCCAGGACAUUUAAUGAACCCGAGAGUGUAAUUGCAAGAUCAGCUAAGAAGAUAACUGACCAACUUUUAAAAUUUAUAAAGAAUCAAGACUGUACAAAUAUCUCAGAACUUUCUAACACUUCUGAAAAUGAUGAGCAAAAUGCCGAGGAUUUGGAUGAUAGUGAUCUUCCUAAAACAUCUUCUGGAAGGAGAGUCCAUGAUUGGAAAAAAAGGAGCAUCAAAGCGACCAACUAUGUUGAAAGUAACUGGAAGAAACAGUGUAAGGAACUAGUGAACUUAAUUUUUCAGUGUGAAGAUUCUGAACCAUUUAGACAACCUGUUGAUUUGGUUGAAUAUCCAGACUACCGAGAUAUUAUAGAUACUCCAAUGGAUUUUGGAACAGUAAGGGAAACUUUAGAAGCAGGAAAUUAUGACAGCCCUUUGGAAUUUUGCAAAGACAUCCGGUUGAUAUUUAGCAAUGCAAAAGCAUAUACACCAAACAAAAGAUCAAAGAUUUACAGUAUGACCUUGAGGUUGUCUGCCUUAUUUGAAGAAAAAAUGAAGAAAAUCUCCUCUGAUUUUAAAAUUGGUCAAAAGUUCAGUGAAAAACUUCGAAGAAGCCAGAGGUUCAAGAGACGGCAGAAUUGUAACCGUGUCAAUCAGGCUAACAAAAGUAUCAGAAAUAUCAAGCAGAAGCGGUUAAAGUCUCAGACAAAAGUCAUUCCUGAAUUGGUAGGUUCUCCUACCCAGUCUACCUCCAGUAGGGCCGCUUACUCUGCGAGCCAGAAGACAAGUGCUAGUGUUUCUUCAGGGGUGACGUCUGGUGACUCCUCAGACUCCGCGGGAUCGUCCGAAAGAACGAGAAGUAGGCCUGUCACUCUACACAAUGGCUCUACGUUAUCUGAAAGUGAAAUGGAAGAUUCCUUAGGUACCUCUUCAUCAUCAGCUUCAAAUAGUUCAGAGGAAAGCAAAGAGAGUUCAAGACCUCGUGAAUCUUCCUUACGUAGUGGGCUGGCCAGAAGCAGUAAUCUCAGGGUGACCAGAACCAGAGCUGCUCAAAGAAAAACUGGUCCAGUUUCUUUAGAGAAUGGAUGUGGCAGAAAAGCCACUCGAAAGAGAGUCUAUUUAAGUGACUCUGAUAACAAUUCAGUGGAGACCGGUGAAAGUCUAAAAGCCAGGACUGGAAAUAACCGGAAAGUGCUACGGAAGUGUGCUGCUGUGGCUGCCAAUAAGAUAAAGCUCAUGAGUGACGUAGAGGAGAACUCUAGCUCUGAAAGUGUCUGUUCUGGCCGUAAGCUGCCUCACCGUAAUGCUUCUGCUGUGGCUAGAAAAAAGUUACUACAUAAUUCUGAAGAUGAUCAUAGCUUAAAGUCCGAAAUUGAAGAAGAGGAGCUAAAAGAUCGAAAUCAGCCAUCACCACUGUCCAGUUCUCAUGCUGCCCAGAAUACUGUGAAUGAGUCUGAAAACGGGGAUUCAGAGUCAGAAAGUGAUUUGCGAGUAGCCCGCAAAAAUUGGCACACCAAUGGUUAUAAGUCGCAUGCUCCAGCAACUUCUAAAACAAAAUUUCUGAAAAUAGAGUCUUCUGAUGAAGACUCCAAAAGUCAUGAUUCAGACAAUGUACAUAACAGAACUGCUGGUCCAUCCACGUCUGGGCAGAAACUUAAGGCAGAGCGCGUCUCAGAGGAAGAGGAGGAAGCAGAUUCUGAACCAAGAAAGUAUGCCAGUAGGAAAUACAACACAGGUCGCAAGAGUCUUACUUUCCUUAAAAAAGCAAAGAUCUUCAGUGAUUCGGAGGAUUCCGAAUCUGAAGAGCAAGAUCAAGAAGAUGGCAGCUAUCACAGAAUGGAAACAAACCUGAUUAAAGGGGGUUCGAAGUGUGAACCAACUACUGGGUCCCAGUGUUUCUCAGAUCACGUAUCUGAGACCGAUUUGGAUUCAUAUGAUGACACUGCAAAAGAAAAACCAAACCAUUUUAGGAAAGAUUCUACAUCACAAGACCAUGGACAAAGCAGGAAAGUUUCCAGGAAAAGGGUCUGUUCCAGUGACUCAGACAGCAAUUCACAGGUGGUUAAGAAGUCCUCAAAAGCCAAAACGGGUCUCCUCAGGACUCCUCGAAGACGUGCAACCACCGCUGCCAGUAAGCUGAAGCUCACGAGUGACGUGGAAGAUGUCAGUUUAGACAGCGCAUGCACCAGAAGCAAAAGUGGAAGGCAAAAGCCCCUCCGUUCUGCGUGUGCCCCAGCUAAGACAACGGCGAGUGAUUCUGAGGGAGACGUCAACUGUGAAGUGCCAAAUGAGCAGUGUGCUUGCCAGGGGAGGCCGCCCGCAGCCAGCUCAGAAGGCAGUGUGAAAAGCAUUCAUCCGUCUUUAAACGGAGACUCGGACUCUGAAGGGAUGCCCAGGCCCGCACCCAAGAGCAGGCACACCAGGAGUCACAGAACAAAUGUUGCACCUUCUAACACAAAGAAUUCCUCGGUUGGGUCUUCAGAGGAAGAGUCAAAAAGCCAUAUUCCAGGGGGUGAGAUGGGUCGAAAAUGUUCUUCGGAAUCAGCUUUGGUGCAGAAAGCUACUGCAGAGAACGCCUUUGAGGAGGACCUGAAUUACGGGCUGCGCAGGUGGAACGGCAGGAGGCUCAGGACCUACGGGAAGGCCCCAUUCAGCAAGACCAAAGUGCUGCGGGAGGCGCAGGGAGCGGCCGAGGCGGAGGUGAAGAGGAAGAGGCCGCAUCCUGAGCCCCAGCGCGGGCAGGUGGCUGAAAGCGGAGGCGCUUCCAAGCUGGGGGCCGACCCCGGCCCCAAAUCCGACUCCGAGUUGGCGUCUGUGACUGAAUCAGAUGUGGACUGUGCCGAUGACGCGAAAACCAAAAAGAGGAGAACGAGAGGAAAAGCAAAAGCGGUGAGAAAAGGUAAAGCUUGUGCAGCCGCCGCAUCUAGAGGCGCGAGGCGGCAGAGACAGAGCAAACGGCCUAGGCUAAGUGUGGACGAUAACGACUGGGAGGACUUGGACUAUGCAAAAUCGAAAAGAGGUCUUCGACGUUCGAAAAUAAAAACGAGAAAUCAGGGCAGAAGGACCGUGAGAUACCACGAUGGGGAUGAUGACAGAAGCUUAGAAAAUGUGUUAGAUUUUGAUGAUUGCACCUUAUGACCUUGAGAGAAAGCCAGUUCAUUGAAAGAGGAAAUGGACUGGAAUUUAUGGUGAAAGUUGGCUGUUGAAAUUAUUUUUGUCCUACAAUUCAGGGAAUAUAUUUAUAUUUUUCUAUGAAAAGUUAUGAAUGUGACUAAAUCAUGACUGUUAUUUUUAUUUGCACUUGCUUGCCUUUGUAGCAGCGCUCAGCCCAGGUGCCAAAAUAUGCUUCAUUUUGGGGGCAGAUCUACUUUGACAGUAUUUAACUACAGAUAGCAAGAAUUUGAAAUCUGUUCAACACUAGACAUCCUGGUUAUCAAAACCGAUAAGCAUUACUCUCAUGGUAGUAAGUGUCGCGCAGUUACUUUCUGAGCGUGUCAGGAGGUGGUAGUUUCUAACCCCUGUCCUGUUGUAGUCGAACAAUUUCACGUGACCUAUGUUUACAGUUUCCUCAUAAAUAUUGUGUGCAUACUGACAUUACAAUCAUGGGAGGUGUAACCAUGAUCAGUAGGCGAGGUACCUACCACUUCCCCCCCCCCCUCCCCUGGCUACUUGAGCAAAAUGCAUUAUACCAGAUUUGGUCAUUUUCAUUGAAAUGGUUUCUUUCCAAAUGCUGUUGGGUCUUUUCUCUCUUUUUCUUUAUUUUUAAGGAAAAUAUCAUCACUUUUAUUUUAUAAACUUGAAUUUAUAAAGUGCUGGUAAAUUAUUUUUUAAAAUGUUUUGAUUGUAUAUUUUAAACCUCUAAGGCCCCGACUGUAGUCCUAGCAUUUUCUUUUAAAUUGUGCACUAACAGAAUGCUAUAUAAUUUGUCUUUCCAAGAUCUCCUGGUUUCUAUGUAAGGGAUUUAACCAAAAUCUUGGUCUUCCAUAGUCUUACUCUGUGAAAUAGAGGAGUUUGUGUGCCUUAGAUUUAGGAAAAGUGUGUUCUUUAAUAGAGUGUACAGGGCCAAGAGAGUAUUUAAAUUAUAUGUAGUUUCCCCCCAUUUCCAUUGAGAUUGUAGAGUUGAGUUUUGUUAAGAGUGCAAUCGCAGAUCUCAUCUAUAUAGGAAAAUAGUUAAACGUCAUUCUCCAUCUCUUUGUUUUAGCUUACUGCUGCCAUGUGCAAUCCCAGGCAUUCUUUGCGGGGGCAACUAAGUGUAUCUUUACUAGUGACUUCUAGUUUAAAUCUAAGAAACUGUCUUGUGUUGUGGGAAAAUUUUGGAAUCCAUUUAAAGUGAAACUUCUAUCACAUCAUCGAAUACAUCAAAUAAGUACACUUAUUUUCAAGCCAAAUAUUUUUGCUUGAUAGGUUGUGCUACUCCAUGCAGUGUAGGUGGCCAUUCCUAGCUUGUUUGUGCCUGAAGAUGGACUUGAUUCAAAUGGUUUACAUAUUUUGUAGCGAAGGAGUAUAUUACAGUACUCCCACCUUUGUUAAUUUAUUGGCCCUGUGUUUGGUUCCAGACAAAAUUAACCCUUUGCUCCUGUGUAUCCUGAAGGUGGCAGGUGUGGAAAAACAUCAGACUCUGGUGUCAGUGUUAGGGAAUGUUCUUAAGUGUUGUUACUUUUCAGUUACCUGUCCCAUUCGACAUGGUAGAAGGUACUUUGUACUCUGAUGUAAGGGGAAGGAUAUUUUUGGACAUUACCAACCGAGAUAGGUGGGAUAGACCUGCCCCUCCUUAGGUUGUUUAGAGAGCUUUCACCACUUGAGAACUAUGAUGCUCUUUUCAUCAAAGUUUGUGUUUAGUAUCUGGUAGAGAAAGCGAUUCGGGAGAAUUGUCCUUGACUAUUGACCUGAAAACAUUAAUGGAAUGUUCUUUACUUCCUGAGUUUUAAGCAGUGGUGAUAGAUUUCCUCUCCAUUAAUUUAUUUAAACUCUUCUAAAGCUUCUCUGUUUUAUAUCUAUUCUCAGGGUUAUAACUCCAUGUUUACCAUCAUCUGCAAAAAGGUACCAAAAAAAUCCAUAAAUACAAAUAUAGAAUAUGUUCAUAAAUACAUAAAUUCUUUUGGUAAAGUGAGACUUUGAUCAUUUAGGCUUCAUCAGUAGAACUGUUAUCUUUUGGACUGAAUUAACUGGUCAGAGAUUGGCUGGUCAACCAAUUACUAAUUUCUCUUUUUGUCCAAAAUUGUUAGGCCUUUGUGUAUAGAAAGCAGUAUUUUGGUUUCACCUGGGGAAAAAAACAAGAAUUUGGCCUCAUGAUGUGGAAGGUGUGGUUGACAAUGGUAGCUUCUCAAGUUCUGGAGUAAAACUAAGGGAUUGUAGUGAGAAUCAUGUUUAUGGGUUUUUUUGGUCAUGGUGCUAUUCCUAAGGUUAACUUUGAAUAUGUGACACACACUCCUAAGUACUUUAAGGAAAAUUAAUAAAUAAUUAAUAGUUCAAAAUGUUUACAUUGAGCACUAGAACAUGUUUGACUUUUUUUCUACUUCUCUUUAUGCGAAAUGCGCAGGGAUUUAAUGCACGGAUGUACUUUAAUGUGUUUGGGAUCAGUUUGUAUUUACUUGUGAAAAAAGACAAAAGCUUGCAGAUUGAAUGUAAACUGAUCCGGAAGUAAGUGCUAUAGCUUUUCAUUGCACUUGAAGUCACUUAAUGGUGUAUAUGAACAACAACAAAAACUGCUGUGGUUGUGUAUGUCCAAAGUCCUAUGAUUUUACUCAUUUAUGGUUGAAAAAAAGGGCUGAGGUAUUUAGAUUUGAGUUUUGAUUCCUUUGAAAGACUACUAAGAAAAAAGAUGUCAAACAUUUAAGAAAUAGGUGAGGUUUAAAAACUUUUUUUUUUCCAUAUCAGACUUACUUUAAAAGGGUAUACUGACAAUGUGUAGUAACUUCUGAAUAAAAGGGAAAGUGUAUCCCAUUUUCAGAUAAUUUUUAGGGCGGUCAUUCUCCCUUUAUUAUUUUAGGGGAAAAUCUGUGAUUAAAUCCUUUCUCAAUUUAGUAAUUAUUUGGAAAGAAUGGUAAAGCAUUUACUCACAGCUUCUAAGUUACAACACAAAAGUUUCUUUUAAGUAGUAGAGAGUUGUAGCUAAAAAGCGAAUUAAUUUUAUAAUACGAAAAUGGGGAGAAAGAACUUACGUUUGGGGAAAAGGCACUUCAAAUCCUAGAAUUGCAAAUGAAAAAGGAGGUAUGAAACAAGCCAAUAAAAAGGCCAUCUUGAAGGUAUUACCGUCCAAAAAUAAGAAUAAGACUUGUCACUAAAUCUUCACACUCCAUUGGUUGCUGACAUCUUAGGUAACAGUUCUUGGAACAGCCUUGGGUUCAUACUACAUUCCCUCCGCCUCUUCUAGCCUUUUUUUUUCUUUAGAAUAAUCAGAAGACAAUUUGUUAAUUUCAGUGUAUCAUUUUAAAAACUACGUGGAAAGGACUUCAAUCUCUCGUCAGUGCACAUUGAAUUUGUGCCCCCUGAAAAAAAUGAGAGGUUUGUGUAUCGGUAGAAUGCAAGAACAUUGUUCAGGGUGCUGACAGUAAUGUUUUCCUUUCUACUCAGUUGUAUUGUUUUUUUUGAGUAACUUUUAAAUGGCUAGAACAGGUCUGUUUGACUUGCCCUUCAUAGCUGAAAUACCAGCUCCGUCCUUUUCAUCCAUGUUAAGUCAGCACGUUUCCUUUAUUCGGCAUCUCGGAGUUGUCCACAAACACUUCAGUAUCUUACGUUGUAUGGAAAUUGUAGUUGAGUUGUUUUCUGGUGUGAUGUAUUGGGACACAGCACCCUCACUGCGGGAGAACUCUCCGUUACUAUGUAAGUCCAUCUCUCAACUUCUGCUGUGGAUAGCAGGAUGUAAUAAAGCAGAAACUGUAAGAAACUUGCAACGUCACUGUUUAAAGACUGUCUGAUUCUAGUAUUUGGGAACAAAGACCAAACCAAGUAAAAUUUGUCAACGCUAGGGAGAAAAUGGAACAUUGUGGAAAAAUCUAGUCCAACAACUAGAUUAGCAAGUGCUAAUACCACUUGGUAGCUCAAAAGUUGUGAAUUAAUGGAGAGGAUUAAAGUGUAAAGACAAUAAUGGUGAGGGCUGUGUUGUCUUUUCUCACUUUUUAAUUAAGAUUUUUGUAGCUAUUUUCUUAAAUUACAGAUGUUGCUGAAGGGUACGUGGGGAUUCUCAAAGUUGGGGAGAUUUUUACUAGUCACUAAUAAUCUGCCAAGCUGGUUCCUUAAUACAUUGUGAAUUUGGUGGAAAAAUAUCAAGACUUUUACUUGGUGUCUCCUUAAGGAUUGCUUGUAUGGAUCUGAUGUAGGGAGGUUGGAUGGGGACAAUUACAACAUCGGGGUCUUACAGAUCUGCAGGCUCUGUCUUUGGCAGCAUGUAAGUAACUGUAGCGUAUAUAUCUAUUUGUCACGACUGAUCGUUUCAUUGAAUUAUCAGUGUUUGAGCAUAUUUUCUGGUCAUGCUUUAGUUUUUAAGGUAAGUUUUGUCAUUUAUUAAAACCUUUAAUGGAAUUUGAACUCCUAAAGAGGCAUUCUGACUGACCUAACUGAAAUGAGAUGACCAGUUACAGUUUGCAUGGAUUGGAGCAGCCAGCCUGGCCUACAGGAAUAUUAUUUAGAGGUUAUUACCUUUUUUGAUCUGUGGUUAAGUGUUAAAACAAUCUUUCAUUUUUAAUAUAUUGAAGGUAAUUUUCUAGGUGUUGAUCCAUACUUAGUCCUCGGACGGUAUGCACACAUUCAGUUCGCCUCUGAAAUUCUAACCAUUUCACUGGAGCUGGACAAAAAGGCAAAUCUUUAAUUUUCCACUCCCACACAAGAUCUCUCAAACUUUUCUAAAUUAACUCAUUACCACAUCUCACGACUCUCAGUUGUCAUCUAGGAACCAGUUUUAAUUUACUUUUUUAAGUCAAUUACUAACUAAAAUAGUAGAGUGUAAUAAAUUUAAUGUUAUCCUAACAUUUUUUUUUUUUUAAACUACUUCAAGCCUUCUAGCUGAGUAAUUCUAUAAGGUCUGCAAUAGGCAGUCGAUUUCCCUUGCAACUCAUCUUUACUCUUAAACAACUCAUUUUUCUCUCUCAAACCACUGUCCAUUUGUGAUUUCUUAUGCAGGCAGAAUGCAGGGCCACGCCCUGUCGUAUGGGCCGAGGGGGGCUGAAGGGAGUUGAAAGAUGGGCCUGAGAGGGAGUUGUCCUUGGAUUGUCUGUGCCCUGCUGCUUUUCAUUAGGGAAGUAAUAAAGUAGCUUGAAAACCAGGGUUGAUUUCUGAUACCUUACCCUGCGCAACAGUUUAAAAUGCUUUGAGAUCUCUCUCAAGAAGUUCAUUAAACCCAGAAACCAAUAUUGCACUGUAUGUUAACAAAAAUUGAAAUUUAAAAAGUUCAGUAAACAGAUACAGGAUCCCUGAAUUCAUACUUCAUAGAACUUUUGUCAGAUUUUUAGGAAAAAAAAAAAAACUGUAGUAGCCAUCACAAGUCUUUGAGAAUCAUGACUGUUAACCAGUUAACUGUUUUCUGGGGAUGAGAGAAAGCCUUAGAGUGAUGAGCUCCAUUAGCUGUCAAAGCCAAAGAAAAUUCUGUGGUGCCAUCACUGAGUGUGUUGAAGACUUUAAAUAGAGGAACUUAAGUGCAUCUCUUCAACAAUAAAAGUGACCAAGCUAGCAAAGAACAGCUCUUGAUUCUGGAAUUAUUUCUGACAAUCUCCAGACCUGAGGUGGCCAUACUGUAGAAGCUGACUUCUCAGUGUUACCAACUCCCCCAGAAAACAGAAAGGUGUUCAGCUCGGGGAGUUACAGAAAACACAGAGACUUCCUGGCAUAUGGGAUCUUUUUGGAAACUUGUGCUUUGGGAGGGAUGAAUAUCAGUGAUAAAUGAUGUUUUGCUUCCUGAGUUUUGAUCAUUUCAUUGCUUCUCAGUGAAGGGCAGACAAGAAAGAAGGCAUCUCUACUAGCUCUGAUGAAAGCCUUGCUCGAGAGAGGUUACUGUGAUUUGCAACUGAAAGGUUUCCCCUCUGUGGAUUUACCACGAGCCACAGCAACCAAUAAUGUCAGUACUUCAAAAGUAUGUGAAAUAGGCUAGUACAUUUUCAUUCUGAUUCAGACAUGCUUCCAUCUUUUUCCAUUCUCAGAUUUGUUUUUCAUACUCCACAAGUAAAAUGCUGAUGAGAUUGAAAAUUUUCAUGCUUCUACGGCAAUGAUGUGAAGUUUAUUUUGGAUCUAGGAGAACAGUUUUGUAUUAAGUAUCAUAAUUGGAAUAUGAUUAGUCCUUAAAAUAGAGAAACUAGAGAUUAAUUGCUUUGAAUCAAAACUGUAAUGUCUACAUCCAAGUUCCUUCUAUUCAACACAGACCAUCUUAAAGCACACUGAUACAAUUUAAAGUGGCCAUCUAGGUGAACUGUGAUGGUACUGCUGCAGAUGUGAAGUUCUACUCUAGGAACGAGGUUUUUGCCAUAUCCAAAUAGGAGAGCAGUGAUGCCUCAAGCUCUCAUUGACUGCUCCAAAUCACCUGACUGACCAAGACCAUCUGGGGCAGGAGGACUUGGGGGAUGGUACUGACCUGUUAGUAUUCAGUGACGCUAUCACAAAUGUAUUGUUAGAGCAGUGUCCUCCAAAAGUUUUAAGCUUGUACCCUAACAUACAAAUUGGACUUGAUCCUGUAUAUAUUUCUAAAAACUGUUUGUAGUUUUCUCAAGGAGAAUAAAGCACUUUAUAAUUUACCAAGUUCUCUAAUAAAAUUAACACUGACUUACA